CAUUUCCCAGUUCGACUUGACUGCAGUCGGACAAUGUACAAUAGUCACUGAGAUAAACCAAGUGUUAGCACAGCCCGGACAUAACAGUUGUAUUAUUGAGUUAUAAGUGAGUAUUUACAAUAUUUCAAAUGAAUCCAGGAAUCAAGAACAAAGGUGGUAGUGAAGAUAACCAAACAAAACUCGAGGUGGAUUUUAGCAAUCCCAAGUCGACAGCAAAACAAGAUGAACGAUGUAGGUGUCCGAUCAGAGACGAUCCUUUAGCUACUACAGAGACGGAUGCUCUACUACAUGUAGUAAAGGCAAGCCUAGGUUCUGGUAUACUGGCAAUGCCUGACGCCUUCAAGAACUCCGGGUUGAUGCUGGGACUGCUGGGGACAGCUGUGGUCGCCAUUCUCUGUACUCAUGGAACUUAUCUCAUAGUGAAAUGUUCUCAAGAGCUUUGUUAUUUGUACAACAAGACGUCUCUAGGCUAUACUGACACCAUUGAGACAGCCUUCCAGACAUCACACUUGCCUGGCUUGAGGAAAUGUUCAGUGUGUGCAAGGAGGUUUGUCAGUUUAUUUCUAUUCCUGACAUACUACGGGGCCAACACGAUAUACAUACUCCUAAUUGCAUCAACCAUGCAACAGGUCUUACACGUUUGUUUCCAGGUGUGUCAGAACCAUCUGGGUGUAGACUGGUCUACACGUUGUUUCAUGCUGAUCCUGUUCGUUCCUCUAUUGCCUGUCGCGAUGGUUCAUCAGAUGAAGUACCUGGUGCCAUUCUCUGCAGUUGCGAAUGUCAUGCUGCUCGUUGGUAUCUCACUCACUUUCUACGUCACUUUGCAAGAUCUCCCCCCGAUGACGUCACGACCAGCGGUUUCCAAAGACCUGUCCACUCUUCCGCUGUUCUUCUCAACCGUUCUUUGUGGAAUGGAGGGAAUAGGAACGAUCCUCCCAAUAGAGAACUCUAUGCGGAACCCUCGCAAACUACUUAGCUGUCCUGGCGUUCUCAACACCGCGAUGAUCUUUAUCACUUUGCUCUUUGGUUCCAUCGGCUUCUUUGGAUACCUCAAGUUUGGCGAUGAUGUUCAAGGCAGCGUCACUCUCAACAUGGGAAACGAUAUCCUAGCAGAGGUGGUAAAAGUCAGUAUAGCACUCGCAGUGUUCUUCACCUACGCACUUCAAUUCACCGCGUGUUUCGAGGUGGUCUGGAAGGCUGCAGAGCCACACAUCAGCAAAGAUAGGAAAACAAGUGUCUUCUACAUUAUAAGGACCGUCUUGAUCUUUGGCACUGUUGUGCUGGGUAUCCUAGUACCUCAGCUAGCCCCUGUCAUCUCUCUGGUUGGCUCUAUCGGCUUCUCCGUGCUGGGUCUGUUGCUACCAGCUGUUGCAGAGACUCUGGUGUUUUGGCGGGAAGGUUUGGGCUGUUGGCGCUGGAGGUUGUGGAAGAACCUCGUCCUCGUCGUCAUCGCUUUUGUCGCUCUUUUCUCCGGCUCCAGUGUAGCCAUUCGUGAUAUCUCAAGUAACUAUGAAUAAGACAUUUAACAGUAAA